AUGUCUGCAUUCGAACCGGAGUUUUGGGCCUUCAAACCUGAUACCAUGGAUGCAUCGUGUCGUAGUCCGACCGCUCCGAUCGAACAUGAUCUAACGAUUGCCGAACCAGUACCAUUUACUUACGGGGCUGACGCUUAUAAGUCAAGCCUGUUGGCAGUGUACGAGAGUUUCUUCAUGAAACUGGACACGAUGAUGGAAAAGGCUGGUGUCGAUAUUCAAGAAUACCUAAAUGAGGAUGGGUCCGGGCAGCUAGAGUGUCCCCUGAUGCCAGAAUACGGCAUCGCCUCUGCUGAUCAUUACUUUAUCUUCAAACAGGCAGCCAAAGAGAUCGCACUUCAACAUGGCAUGGGCAUUUCAUUUAUGACGUCGCCUUAUGCAGCAGGUUCAUCGAGUGGAUGUCAUUUUAAUCACUCCUUGUGGACAAGCGAUACAGGAGAGAAUGCCUUUUACAACGAUCGCAGUGAGUGUCAUCUUGAACAUCUAGCCUUCACUUAUUAG